AUGGGCCGCAGUUGCCAGGCGGAGGAGCCCAUAAGCUGGCCCUGGUCGCUCGGUGAAACGCCAGCUCCGACCUCGUCUAACAAGGAUGAGCCGCCAUCGCAGCCUGAACAGAAGGCGGAAUCGCACAAACGGCCUCCCAGGCUGAGUAAGAGGGUCAUGAAGAUGGUACGGUCGAUUGAGCGGCUAUACCGGCCGCCGGCCACAUCCGGCAUGGAGGCCUCCUCCAUCAACAAGGUGGCUGCAUCGGCGCCUGGAACGCUACAUACGCUGAAAGUGAUAGACGACUCCAAGAAGGAAAUCGCAAGUGACCCGCCACCCGUUGAUCCAGGCGAGUAUGAUGGCAUAAAGGGGCUGGUCAAGAGCAUAUACCGGUCGGCUACUGGGCGGGUGUUCAACGACGCCCUUUGGAAACGAUACGUGCACCGCCUCUCAGUAGUGGCGGGCACCAUGCAGCCGGCUGACAUAUGCCUCGUCAUGUACUCGUUCGCCAAAGUGAGGUACGCAUGGCGGUUGUCGGCCACAUGGAUGCCCAGGUACCGAGACCAGCAGCUGCUGAAGAUCCUCAACCCGCUGAUAGUGAGGCACAUAUCAGGACUAUCGUGUAGUGGAGCGGCGCUGAUACUCAACUCGCUGAAGCGCCUCGAGCUGUCCAACUACGACAUCAUCGACCUGGCCACCAACGAGAUAUGUAUCAAAAUGGACACCGCCAAUAUGCAGGAUAUCACGCUGACGGCAAACGCGCUUUCCUUCUUCCAGGUGUACCACCAGAGGUUUUGGAAUAUGCUCUUCAAGGCCGUGUCGCUCAGACACCACCAGAUGACCCCUCUGCAGGCCGCGCUGGUCCUGGCGGCCCUGGCGAAACUGGACAUACGGCACCCCAUGCUGCUGAGGCUGCUCAAGGACAAACUACGACCGGCUGUGGAGAGAAAUGAGCUGACGCAGGAGCUGCUGACGCUGACGUUCCACUCCUUCGCCAAGCUCAACUUCUCGGCAAAAAAUUUGUACGAGGCAUCGAUUCUCAAAUACCAGUCGAUGCUUGACGAGAACCCGGAAACCGUUGAUGCGCAAUCGCUGGUGUUGUACCUCUACACGGCGGUCUGCAUGCUGGACAUGCCACUGCAUCAGACGGUGGAGAAGAGUUUGAAGCUCCUGUGCAACCAGAAAGACGUGUUGAAGAACUACAAAGCCAUAAAACUGAAGUACGUCGUGGACCACCUGAAGACCAAGCAGCCGGGUGGGUGCCCCUCACCAAACCUUAACGGUGCCUCAGCCUUGCUGGAGGCAUGUUGCAGCGACGUGAAGGGUCUAGUUGCUAAGGUGGAGCAGUACAAGUUGCGAAAUGUGCGGAGGCGUCUGUCAAGGUGGUGCAUGGAGGUCUCGAGGAUGCUGGCGACGCAGAACGUGAACCACGCGAGGAACGUCUGGUUCGACUACAUACACGCUGACGUCCACAUUAAGGAGCUCGGCGUUGUCAUCAAGUGCGCAGGGCCGUUCAGCUACUACGCCAUGUCCAGCCAGCUGACGGUGUUCGCCCAGGUCGAGAUAGACACUUUGUCGAUGAAGGGAUUUAAGGUGUGCGUCAUACCCUACCACGAGUGGAACGCCCUGAAGACGGACAAGGCCAAACUGGACUACCUGAAAAAGCUCAGCGAGUCGUGGACCAUAGUUGAACCGAUUCCGUAG